CACCACCUAAAAACAACCUCUCAAAAAAUGGCGUCCAUCACCUCUACUCUCUCCCUCUCUUCCACCAAACCUCAGCGUCUUUUCGACUCCUCUUUCCAUGGCUCAUCCAUCUCCUCCGCCUCUCCCAUCUCCGUCGGUCUCAAACCACGUUCCCUAUCCGUCCGCGCCACCGCUGGUUACGAUCUGAACGCCUUCACUUUCGACCCCAUCAAGGAGUCCAUCGUGUCUCGCGAGAUGACCAGGAGGUACAUGACUGAUAUGAUCACUUACGCCGAGACCGACGUCGUCGUCGUUGGUGCUGGAUCCGCUGGACUAUCGUGCGCUUACGAGAUCAGCAAGAACCCUAACGUUCAGGUUGCAAUCAUUGAACAGUCUGUUAGUCCUGGAGGUGGCGCUUGGCUCGGUGGUCAGCUUUUCUCCGCCAUGAUUGUGCGCAAACCAGCUCACUUGUUCCUUGACGAGAUUGGUGUAGCGUACGAUGAGCAGGACAACUACGUCGUGAUCAAGCACGCUGCUCUCUUCACAUCCACCAUCAUGAGCAAGCUUUUGGCUCGUCCCAACGUCAAGCUCUUCAACGCUGUCGCCGCUGAGGAUCUGAUCGUGAAAGGAAACAGAGUUGGUGGUGUGGUGACUAACUGGGCUCUUGUGUCGAUGAACCACGACACACAGUCUUGCAUGGACCCUAACGUCAUGGAAGCCAAGAUUGUCGUGAGCUCGUGUGGUCACGAUGGUCCUUUUGGAGCCACCGGUGUGAAGAGGUUGAAGAGCAUUGGGUUGAUCGACCAUGUUCCUGGGAUGAAGGCUCUCGACAUGAACACAGCUGAAGAUGCUAUUGUGAGGUUGACUAGGGAGGUUGUUCCCGGUAUGAUUGUGACCGGUAUGGAAGUUGCUGAGAUCGAUGGUGCACCAAGAAUGGGACCAACAUUCGGAGCUAUGAUGAUAUCAGGACAGAAGGCAGCACAUCUUGCUCUGAAAGCUUUGGGACAGCCUAAUGUUAUUGAUGGAACCUAUGUCGGAGAGCUGAGCCCGGAGCUUGUCUUGGCAGCUGCUGAUUCAGCUGAAACCGUAGAUGCUUAAGGACAAUGUUUUUUUUUAACUAAGAAAAUUUCCCUUGAGACUUCUGAUGUGGAAGGAGUUGCAAUAAAGGAGGAGUUUAGUUGUUUUAAAAUUUGUGACUAUCUAUGUUAUGAACUUUUCUGGUGUCUUUGUUUCUUCCCAAUAAAAAGUGUUUCUUCGGUGUAAUAAUGUACCUUGUUCUUCCAUCCUUUAUUGGUUUUACUAGAGGACAACACCUCACUUAGCCUGGUCUGCUUUACUUCUUGGCAUCUUCUGUUUCGCUCAGUCUGUUUCUCUCUCUCUUUGCUCUUUGCUUUCACUUUGGUUUCCGUAGGAAACAGAGAAAACUAGAGGCAAAGAAACAGUUAUGCUCUGCCUCCUUAUUUCAAUUAAUU